AUGGAUACGCCACUUUCUGUUAAAGACAUUGCUUGUGCAGCUCUUAAUGGGAUUAAAAUGGGUGGUAAGACACUUAUUGUUAGACGCGCUAACCAAGGUCAAACUCAACCCAAGCCUGAACAGGAGAGUGUGCUUUUACAUGCACAACAACAAAUUGCAUUGCAGAGGAUGAUGUUGCAACCUCCUCCUGCCAUUGGGACAACUGCCACCAAGGUUCUAUGUUUAACACAAGUGGCGACUGAAGAUGAACUUAAAGAUGAUGAAGAUUAUCAAGAUAUAUUGGAAGACAUGAAAAUAGAAUGUGGAAAAUUCGGUAGCUUAGUCAACGUUGUAAUUCCACGCCCUAACCCUACCGGAGAACCAGCACCAGGUGUUGGCAAGGUGUUUUUGGAGUAUGCUGAUGUGGAAAGUGCAGCGAAAGCAAGGGGAGGGUUGAAUGGAAGGAAAUUUGGAGGGAAUCAAGUGGUGGCGAUCUUUUAG